AUGCCUCUGGAACAGAUCCGUCCGGUCGCGGCGCUCAACUCGUCCGAGUCGCUGCGGCGUCAGAGUUUCUACGACUAUGCUUCGUCCUCUUCGACCCACAACUCUUCGUACUCUCACGAGGAUGGCAGCGACUCUGACCGAGAGCACACGGAAGAUGACGGAAACGAUGCAUACUCCGACCGUUACAAGAGAUAUUCCGCGUCGUCCCGCAACAGCGAGUCAAUGAGCCUCGCCAAGCUUGGCGGCGUGGGCGGUGUUACGCGUUCAGGAAGCUGGAGUCGCAACUCUAUGCCAGAACCUUUGCUCUCAUCUAGACGUGCGGCGGACGAGAAACGACCAUCGUCCUUCAAACCACACCAGUCUUCUCUCUCCAUGUACCAAGAGGACGCAGAGGAUGAGGAGAGAGCCGCCUCUUCGGACCUUCCGUCCACUUUUGCGACGAUCAGCGAGCCCAAUCGGCGGUGUUCCGAUGGCGAUAAAGUCACCCCCUCGAACCCGACGGGAUUCGACCUACCGCUCUCAACUUCUUCUGAUCGGUCUAGACCCGUAGUUGCGCCUUCUUCUAGCCGCACAUCUACCGCCUCCUCCGCUGCCGCAUUCUCAUUACGCUCCUUAUCUAACCGCAAUUCCACAGGCAGUGUAUCGAGCUCUGCCUCCUCUAUCGGAUCCCGAGCCGAAAAGGAUCGACUUACCCCUGCUCCUACAACAGACUCACCUGUCGCUCUCGACUCGAACCUAACUGGCAAGCUCUCUUCUGAUUCGGUGCUGUCGGAGACCUCGUCAUCGGCGACGGCUCCAUCGAGUCCCACGCAGAGCGGGGAGCGCGAUCGAUGUGAUCGCGUUCACAACAACAGUGUUGACACGGAGAAAGCUUCAGAGUUGCCGAGCGGCGAGGCUUCAUACCCUUCUACGCCUUCAGCUGAUACUCUGGUCGUCGCCGACCAGCGUUCCAGGAGACCCUCCAUUUCGAGUCGUGGCACUUUGGCGUCUACGGAUUCCGAGACAGAAGCGGCUAGCGCCGACACGAGUAAACGUACUGUCGAACGACCUAUCCAUCUUACGACGCCGGAGCAUCAGCGCGGUGCUUUUGCCGUCGCAAGCCCCAGUCUCACGCCCAGCGCUGAAGAGCUAUACUCGACCUCGGCAACAACAUGCUUCUCGCCGCUCGUUCCUCGUCGGCAUUCUGGCAUGAUUAUGAUACGCUCCCGAUCUCAAUUGGCUAUGCAUGCCGGCUUAGCCAUGACCUUUGCCAACGCAGAAGGAGGCAGAGCUGCUGCCCGUGAGCGCGCUCGAAAACAGACCGGCUGGGAGAACGCACCCUUUAGUGUUCUGGAAGCUCAACGACAUGCCCGCGCCUUCGCCGCUUCACAGCCUGCAUCGCCUGGUUCAUCGGCAACCUCGGUAGCAUGGGAUCCCUCUGCGACCACAUUACUGUUGCAGCCAGCCGCCAGUGUGACUGAACCAUCAGCGGUCCGAUCACCAAAUAUGUCGCCACAUCCCAUGGACCUCUCGGUACCAUCUUUGCAAUCUUCCCCCUCACCAUCGCCUCUGAACCAGAGCAUCGAUGCCACCGGUACCCCUCCACGUCCAGCACCGGUAGUGCGCCAGAUAUCGGACUACUCGCUUUCUCGCACGGCUCUGGCCCGUAUUGACACAGUCCUCGGGCUUUAUGGCAACGAUACGUCAGCAUCCUCGCAAGCAUACUCAGCUGAUGGUGCUUCUUCAUCAUCUCCGGGUGCACGGCCACAGCCAGCCAGAUCACCCUCUGCUGCAUCGAUCUCUGGGGCCAAUACUCUGCUUAGGACGCCAACGACCGAAGAAUGGUCUCGCUUUCUAGAGAGUCAAGGUGUUGGAUGGGGAGGGAGAAGAAGUCGGUCAGGUACAAAUCUGAGCACGAGCUCAUCGGCGCAACGAGGCAGCCGCUUGGCGUUGUCAAGCUUACCGUCCUCCUCCAGAGCCGAUUUCGAGGACGGCGCAGCCGAUGACGGAGUCGGCAACGAUUUGGACAGCGACGAUUCAGACGAUCAUGAUUUCGGCGUCGAGGUUCUGGAGAAACUCAAGCAGCUUGGACUUAGUCGCGCCACGAGUAGAGCGGGCUCGGUAUUUGGUGAUGAGCUCGCGAGCCUGCACGAGGAAGACGAAGAUGAUCUUUCGCCCGUUUCACCUCAGGUGAGUAAGAUCCUUUCUCAGGCUGAUCUGGCGCCGCUCACUCCGUUGGCUACACUUCAAAAGAUGCUUCCGCCAGACCAAAGCAGCCCACUUGCUCUUCACAACAGCCCCAACACACCUCAAGCCUCGUUGGACCGGGGCCUUACACUACGGCUUCCGCGGAGCAAGAGACCCACUAUGACCGGCGAAGUACACGCCGGAGCGCAGCUGUACCCGCUGGAUCACAAGGGCGAGAAAAGCAUUUCUGAUUUCGAGAUUGUCUCUGACAUUGGUCGAGGUGCUUAUGGCCUGGUCAAGAAAGCCCGCAAGAAAGGCGUCGACGGUCGCGCGCAAGGCGAAGAGGUGGUCAUCAAGUACAUCAUCAAGAGCCGCAUCCUUGCGGAUUGUUGGCGCCGUCAUCGCGUGCUGGGUCCGAUCCCGGUCGAGAUUCAUGUCAUGGAUCAGCUCAGGCGAAUUGCCUACGUCGCUCCCUCUAAACCACGCCCAUGGGCGCCGAGCCGUCCCAGAACGCUGGAGGACUACCGUGCGCGCAAGCGUCAAGAAGCGGAGCAAGACAAGGCAGCGACGCUGACCGUUCCAUCCGCAGCUGCAGCCUCGCCGACCUCGCAUCCGAACAUCUGCAGAAUGCUCGACUUCUUUGAAGAUCAUGAAUUUUACUACUUGGUGAUGCCUUGUUUCGGAUCCGGCCAAGAUCUCUUUGAUUACAUCGAGAGUGCACCGGACGGCCUUGCAGCAUUCCAAUGCCGAAGCAUUUUUGGUCAGGUAGCGGAUGCGUUAUGGUUCCUUCAUGCCAACAACAUUGUCCAUCGAGACAUCAAAGACGAGAAUGUUGUGCUGGACGGCGAGGGCAACGCGCAGUUGAUUGAUUUCGGUAGCGCAGCCCACGCUCGACCGGGAAAGCUGUUUGACACGUUCAGUGGCACACUCGACUACGCUGCAGCGGAAAUUCUGCAAGGAGAAAAGUAUGCCGGUCAAGCACAGGACAUUUGGGCGCUCGGCGUAGUCGGGUUUGUGCUGCUCUGCGGAGAAUGUCCUUUCUGGAACGGUGAAGAAGCUGUGCAGGGACUGGAAGAAGGCACGAGAGCGGCACAGACAUUGAAGGAGCGAUGCAUGAUCGCCCGCGUUGGACCUGCGGAAGCAGAGAAAGAGCUCAUGGACAAGGAUCUUGACGUAACGCCGCUCGAUCCGGCAUGGUCGCCUUGCAAGGACAAGGAAGGGACCGAGCCCGAUGGUGGUGGACGGGUGGAUGAUUUUGUCGAUCUCAUCUCGCGCUGCCUUGAGCUUGAUCCCGAAUCAAGGCCCUCUGCUGAACAAAUCUGUCAACAUCGAUUUCUCGCUGGUUUUGCCGGAUGGACUGGACGCCGCGGAUGGCAGCGACUCAAAGCGCCACUCGUACCGUCUUGCACCACCGCAAGCGAGAGCAGAGGAAACAGUGUUGCAUCUUCAGCGACAGCAGCAGUAGUCUCUUUGCCAUAG